AUGUCAGAAAGCAACCUUCCUAUUGAUUUAGAGGACCAACAGUCAUACAGAGAUGUGCCAGAGUUUGAUUUACUUAGCGAUCAGAUCUCAGGUUCUCUAAUUGAGAUAAGCAACAAUCUCAGUCGUUUGGAGAAGAACAUCGAUGUUUUGAAGAUUAAGGCCAAGGAUAACAGCACGGAAAACAGUACAAAAGACAUACAAAGGCAACAGAGAAUAUGUGUGGACUUAAUCAGCAGCCUGAUGGGGACGUUUAAGGAAAUAUCUGUUCACAGAAAGCAAAUGGACCAGUUGGAUAGAGAGCAACUCAAUAAAAGUCAAGUAUUUGUGCGGGAUAAGUUAAAUCGGAGUAUUAAGGCGUUGCUAGACCAGUUCAGAGGACUGCAGAGAGAGGUUACGUUGAUUGAUGCCGCAUUGAACGAGGAAAACACAAACAUAGAGCACAAUCAGCAUGAAUUGGCACUAAAACCUGCAGAGGAAACCAAUGCACAAAACGUCACACAGCAGAGGUCAAAACUCAUCAUGGAAUACCAGCCGGUGAAUGCAGAAGAGGUGGAAUACCAGCAGAACAUGGUACAGGAACGGGAAAGAGACAUCGAGCAGAUUUCACAUGGUGUGGAAGAGCUAAAUGAGAUCUUUCAGGAUUUGUCCACCAUAGUGACCUCUCAGGGUGAAAUGGUUGAUAAUAUUGAAACAAACAUAUACAGCACACUAAAUGACACACGAUCUGCAAGUAGGCAUCUCAAACGGGCCGAUAGAUAUCACCGCAAUAGGCGUAAGUUCUGCUUUUGGCUUCUUGUGAUAUCAUGUGUGGUUUUAUUUUUCUUGAUCUUGAUCAUCUUCGCUUAG